UUCGGUGCAAAGAAACGUUUGUAUUUGAAGCUUGACGUGAAUGAAAUGUGACAUGUUUAGGACUUAGAUAAGUAGCUAGCCGGAAUGUUCUAAUUCCAUGCCGAGCAUCCAACACGGGUUGUUUCUCUGCAAACAUUUGCCUGUUAGUCUAGCCUAGACAUGGCUUUUGCUCCCGCUGUGUGGUUAGCUGCUCAAGCAGAACUCUACGAAGACGACGAAGAGGCCGAGGCAAACAACUUCCCAGAGCCACAGAAAAACUACUUGGGCGAUUACAAUGAUGAUUACUUAUUUGAGAGGUUCCGUUUAACUAGACCUUGCAUAAAUUUCAUCACGGAUUGCGUCAGGCUCCGGAUGAAAGCCACGCUCCAGCAAAUGAAUGGACCUUCCGUCGAUGAAAUGGUGAUAGUGGCACUGGACUAUUACGUAAAUGGUAUUUUGUCAACCAAAGUCGUAGAUAUGAUUCAAAUGGAGCAAAUGGAGAUUCACGAAGUCAUCAACAAUGUCUCCAAAGUGUUGUCAGGUAUGGUCAGGGAGUUUAUCACUUUCCCGGCGAAUGGUGAGGAACGAGCAAAUGUGGCACACGAGAUCAAGAAAAUAUGCGGGAUUCCGACCUCCAUGGGCUUGGUGGGAUGCAUGCAUGUCAAGGUGAGACCACCUCAGCACGACAAGGAAGCUUUUCGGAACACAAUGGAUAACCACACCGUCAUGACCCAAGUCAUAUGCGAUUGUGAAGGGAAUUUAAUGAGUGUUGAAAACUGCUGCGUUGGCAGCACACCAGAGCAAACCAUAUGGGAUAUGUCGGAUAUUGCCCAGCAACUAAAGCAUGGAGCACAUGGGACGCAUUGGAUCAUUGGUAAGCUAAUUCUACACAGGAAUAUGUUUUAUACAUUUCUUAUGACUAGAAAUACUGUGCAGACUCACUAGCCACCCCUGUUAUGAAGGGUCUCAAACUCCUGGCCCUGGAGAGCUAUUAAGUGUGCAGGCUGUUUCAGCCCAGUACUAACACCCGUUUUAAACAAACAACAAGCUGAAAUCAGGUAAGUUGGUGUUGGUCUGGAACAGUUCUGAGUGAGUUAGACCAAAAACAGUGGUCUAACUUUAGGUGGGUCACUCCGUCAGUGUUAAAAAAAAAAGUCUGUUGUGAUUCACCAAUGUUCAUACUUGCCUCUGUUUUUUGUUUUUUUGAUCCCACAAAGCCGGGAAAGGCUAUGCGUUGAGCAGACACCUCCUGACGACCGUUUCGCCAGCCAAAGAUAAGGCGGAUCGGCGGUUCAACGCAGCCCACGGCAUGAUCCACUCGGUCCUCCAGAGGACCAUCACCUUGGUGAAGAGGCGCUUCAGGUGCCUGGCCAAUCUGGGCCACGUGCAGCAGAACAGUCUGGACAAGAAGGCUGAGAUCAUCAAGGCCUGCUGCGUCCUGCAUAACAUCGCCAAGAAGUUUUCGGUGCCUGCGCUCAACGAUACCGUGCUAGAGACCAUGCAUCCGGCCGAGAAUCACCAGGUGCCGGUGGUGGAGGUGCCUAGCUACGCCGAGAAAUCCAGAGCUGCCAUUAUCGGCAUUUAUUUCUCGCAUUCCUCUGGGAAUGACGGCGUUUCAGACUGAGGACAGUGGACAUAUUUGUAUAAAAUGGUUGUUGACAUUUGGGUUUAAUAGGAGGACGGUUCGGUCCCUUAUUAUAACACUUUGUGAAAAUAGGUGCUGCUGGAUUGACAAAAAUGAUUUUAUUUUAUCACGCUUUGUGAUACAUGAAAACCAAAUGACAAUACUUUGGGUUUAUCUAUUUACAUGUUUUUAUACAUUUCAAUAAAUGUCAAGUAAACAUCUAAUCCUCCAUGAAUCAUUUGAAUUGCGAUUUAGAAAUUGAUAGGCUAAAAUUGACAUUUAUUGAAAACACAAGCCGCAUUGAGUAUUCUAACUAAAUUAUUUAAAAAAGUACCUAGGUGAAUGUGAAGUGUGCUGAAUCCUCCUGAACAUAGCAGGUGAAUGAUUACAUACAAUAUAUGCUUAAACAUUAUGUACAUGUGAAUAUUAUUUAAAUAAAAAUCUCAACAUA